CCCGAACCCGAAUUCAAUUUAUAUUGGAGGCUGGGCAUCAGAAAACGGGUCAUUCUUUCGGGGGAGGGUUUGUGAUUUCUAUCCAGAGCUUCCAGAUCGCCGUUAUCUCAAUUUUAGGGUUCCUUCAACUGGAAAUAUGGCACACAGACUACUGAGAGAUGUUGAAGCUGAUGGGUGGGAGCGGUCUGACUUCCCAAUCAUAUGUGAAUCAUGCCUUGGAGAUAAUCCAUAUCUUCGAAUGACAAAAGCAGAUUAUGAUAAGGAAUGCAAAAUUUGCACUCGGCCCUUCACAGUCUUUAGGUGGAGGCCGGGCCGUGAUGCAAGAUACAAAAAGUCGGAGAUUUGCCAAACUUGCAGUAAAUUGAAAAAUGUAUGUCAAGUUUGUCUUUUAGAUCUUGAAUACGGGCUGCCUGUUCAGGUUCGUGAUACUGCACUGAGUAUCAAUUCCAAUGAUUCCAUUCCAAAGAGUGACGUAAACAGGGAAUACUUUGCGGAGGAGCAUGACCGUAGGGCAAGAGCUGGUCUGGAUUAUGAAUCAUCAUACGGGAAGGUACGCCCAAAUGAUACUAUCUUGAAGCUUCAGAGAACAACACCAUAUUACAAGAGAAACCGAGCACAUGUUUGUAGUUUCUACAUAAGGGGUGAAUGCACUAGAGGAGCUGAGUGCCCUUAUAGGCAUGAAAUGCCUGUAACUGGAGAAUUAUCACAGCAAAAUAUCAAAGAUCGUUAUUACGGUAUCAAUGAUCCGGUUGCAAUGAAGCUACUCAACAAGGCUGGUGAGAUGCCUUCACUAGAACCUCCUGAUGAUGAGAGCAUUAGAACCCUUUAUGUUGGUGGGCUUGAUCAAAGAAUCAAUGAGCAGGACUUGAGGGAUAACUUCUAUGCUCAUGGUGAAAUUGAAACUAUAAAAAUGGUGCUCUCACGAGCUUGUGCUUUUGUUACAUACACAACCAGAGAAGGUGCAGAAAAGGCAGCCGAAGAACUCUCAAACAAGCUGGUUAUUAAAGGUUUGAGGCUAAAGCUAAUGUGGGGUAGGCCUCAAGCAGCAAAACCUGAAUUUGAGGUCUCUGAUGAAGCAAGGCAAGCAGUGGCUCAUAGUGGAUUGCUGCCAAGAGCUGUUAUAUCACAACAACAAAACCAAGUUCUUCAGCCACCAGGCUUUCCAGAUCAGCCUCCAGCACCAAUGCAUUAUUUUAAUAUUCCACCACAGCAGCCUACACAGCCACAGGGAAGACAACUUUAUCCUUCAAUGGAUCCCCAAAGGAUGGGAGCAGUUAUUCCAUCCCAAGAUGGAGCUUCUAGUGGGUCAAAUGAGAACAGGAGUGGUUCGGAGAAGCAGCAAGUGCAGCAUUAUCCACCCUACUCAGGGAUGCCACCUCCUCAAGGUCAGUUUUACCAGCCAUUUUAUCCCCAAUAUGGUUACCCGCAACCCCCCUAUCAAACCAAUGCACCUCAAACUUACCAACAAUAUCCUCAACCCCCUUAUCAGCCGCAUGCACCCCCACAAGCCCCGGGUGGUCACCAAGCAGGAUCCCAUUAUCAACCUAAUGCACCUCUACGCCCCGCUAGUGGUCACCAGGCAGGACCUCAACAGCCCAAUGCUCACCAGGCAGGAGCUCAACAGCCCAAUGCUCAGCCGGCAGGACCUCAACAGCCCAACCCACCCUCACAAACUGCUGGGGAUCAACAAGCACCACCUUCUGGGCCAGCACAGGAGUAAACAUGUCAUUUGUGUGCUGCUGUAAAAGUUUAUCAAACACAAGGUUGAGAAAGUCGGAAGGCUGAUAAAUCUCAUACUUUAGUGCUUGUUUUCAUUUUAAAUCAUAAACGUUCAAAUAUCCGUUGUCUAGAUUUUGGGAUUUGGUACUUGAAAAAACUUUGAAUUUAAUUUCGUGCUGUUUUAUGCACUGAACUGAAUACAUUGCGUUCUACUUAUCGUU